AUGUACUUCGAUUAUCAUGUUGCAGCUCGGCAGUUAGCAAGGACGGUAUCAUCCGAUCCAUGGCGGCUUCUCCGCGGUGCUUCCCCUUCUCCUCCUCCACCUCCAUCUCCUCGUGUGCCCGUACGCCGCCGCAGCAUCAGCCGCUGGCGUCGCCUCCUGCGGCUACACCACCUUCUUCCCCGACGCCCCCGCCACCGCGCGCUGCCGUACGGCGAGACCUUCUUCCGCCGCCCCACCGGCCGCUUCUGCGACGGCAGGCUCAUCGUCGACUUCAUAGCGGAGGCGCCGGGGCUGCCGUUCUCGCCCCUGUUCCUCCGCGGCGGCGGCGGCAGGACGGCGGAGGAGUUCCGGCACGGGGCCAACUUCGCGGUGGGCACGGCGACGGCGCUGGGCAAGGAUUUCUUCAGGGAGAUGGGGCUCAGCCCGGCCCUCGUCCGCUUCAUCCCGCCCUGCUCGCUGGACGUGCAGAUGGAGUGGUUCAAGCAGGUGCUCCGCUUGCUCGGGCCCACGGAGCAGGAACGCAAGGGCAUCAUGCCGAGCUCCCUGUUCGUCGUGGGGGAGAUCGGGGAGAACGAUUACAGCUACCUCAUCCUGCAGAACCGAUCCCUGGACGCUGUGAUCAAACCCUUGGUGAUACCAAAAGUUGUUGCAAAGAUAGAAAACGCCAUCAAGGUCCUGAUUGACCUAGGAGCCAGGACGAUCGUCGUCCCAGGGCAUUUCCCGAUGGGCUGCCUGCCGCGGUACCUCACCAUGUUACAGAGCACCGACCCGGGCGACUACGACGCCUCCGGAUGCAUCAGGCGCCUCAACGACCUCAUCCAGCAGCACAACCGUGCCAUCAGGACCUUGCUGGCUCGGAUCCCCCGGGAUCCGGCGGUCGCCGGCUUCUACGCAGCCGUCGUCUACGCCGACUACUACGAAGCCGGCCUGGAGAUCAUCCGAACCCUCUCAAGCACGGCUGCAGCUGAGCCGCCGUCUCCUCCUGCGUGCCGCCACCGUCGCCCCUCGCGCCGCCGCCGCCACCGGCUGGCCAUGCGCCGCCGUGACCAGCUCCUCGCACUACUGCUUUGGCUCCGUGUGGUCGGCGCCUCGCGCCGCUAUCGCCACUGCUGCCACGGCUGGACCUCCACACCGCUGCUCCCGCUCCCUAUUGUGGCUCUCCGCCCAACCGCCCGCCGCUCCCAGUCUUACUGCCUAUAUCUCGUGGGGGGAGCCGGAGACCGGAGCCUAGGGAAGGAGUGGCGAUGGCAGCUGGCAGGAGCGACGAGGCCGCAGGGAGGGUGA